AACAAUAUCAAAAAAAUAUUCUUCUUGCAUUUUUACACGAUUAAAUUUAGCAAUAAUGGAGGAAGGAAAGAAAAGAAUGGCAGUUUUAGUUGGAUGCAACUAUCCAAACAGCAAUUAUAAGCUGCAUGGAUGCAUUAAUGACGUCGUAGCCAUGCGAGACGUGCUGGUUAAUCGAUUCGGGUUUGAUCUGAGCCAUAUCGAGCUGCUAGCGGAUGCCCCGGCUGCACCCGGGGGAGGCUCUAAUUUAGAAAUGAUGAUGCCAACUGGUGCAAACAUAAAGAAGGCGCUUGAUGAAAUGGUUGGAAAGGCUGAACCGGGUGAUGUUCUGGUUUUUCAUUAUAGUGGACAUGGAACCAGGAUUCCUUCUAAAUGGCCUGGUUUUCCCUUUAGGCAGGAUGAGGCUAUUGUUCCUUGUGAUUUCAAUCUCAUCACUGAUACGGACAUGAGGCAACUAGUGAACAAGCUACCAAAGGGAACAAGUUUUACAAUGAUUUCAGAUUCAUGCCACAGUGGGGGCCUAAUUGACAAAGAAAAGGAACAAAUAGGACCAAAUUCAACCACAAAAACAACACCAAGCACCACCACCAAUAAUAAUCCAAAACACAUCCCCUUCAAUUCAAUUCUUGAACAUUUCAUUUCUCUUACAGGCAUUAACACAUCCGACAUUGCCACUCACUUGUUAGAACUUUUUGGAGCUGAUGCUAGCUUCAAAUUCAGAUUACAGUCAUCACUUGAACAUUAUUUAUAUGAUGAUGAGUCACUUAUAUUAAAGGCUGAUGAUGGAAUUUUAUUAAGUGGCUGCCAAGCAAAUGAAACUUCUGCUGAUAUGAGUCCUGUUGAAGGUAAAGGAAAAGCCCACGGAGCAUUUAGCAACGCGUUGCAGAUUGUGUUGAAGGAGAAUCCGAACCGAAUAUUAAGCAAUAGAGAAGUUGUGAUUAUGGCUAGAAAGGCAUUGGAGGCACAAGGAUUUGCUCAACAUCCUUGCUUGUAUUGUAGUGAUAUCAAUGCUGAUGCUCCUUUCCUGUGGCACCCUAAUUCAUGUUGAUGAAUUCAUAAUUGAUUUAUUUUUCAUUGUUUGUUGAAAUAAGAUGUAAUUACUUCAAAUCCUCCAUUGAUUUCAAAUAUUAAACUAAUCAUUCAUGAUA